GUUGCAAAAAUUACGGUUUGCGUCAUUGCUUUUCUUUUAUUCGGAUUCGUUUUCCAUAGCACUUGGGUUACCACUGCUUCGUACAGUAACCCAACAAUUAUUUUAACUGGGCAGCAGGAUGGAAGAAACAUAAGACAAGACGAUAUGCGCGAAGCUUAUUAUUGGUUGAGAAAAAACACUAAACAAGACUCAAAAAUAGCAACUUGGUGGGACAUAGGAUAUCAUAUAACUGCUAUCGCUAAUCGAACAGCGUUUAUAGAUGGUAAUACGUGGAACAAUACUCAUAUUGCUCAAAUUUCUCUUGCUCUUGUUUCAAAUGAAGAGGAAGGCUAUCAAAUAUUAAAAAGGCUUGACGCUGAUUACGUAGCUUUAACAUUUGGUGGAUACAAUGCGCAUGAAACAGAUGGUUCGUUUAUAUUCUAUGAAUUUCUUUAUUACCGUAACUGUCUUAGUCGGAAAGAUUAG